ACCGGGUGAACGGGUUUGUUGUAGUAUUAUUUGUCUUACUUUAUUAUAAUAAUAUAUUUUUUACAUGACACUUCUCCGGGGUGAAAUUGCAGCGAACACCCGGAGGUCCAAUCAGGGAGGAGGUCACUAGUAUGCAAAUGUGCCCUUAUCGUCAGUCACGUCAGCAGCGGCGGCAGCAACACAGAAGCAGCCAGCCAGCAACACCCGCGGAGGUGGCGGUGGUGGUGGCCGGGCUUGGUUUCGGGCUUGGCGGCGACGGAGCAGCGGCUGUGCCGAGGUCGCCCGGAGAGGAGCCAACUUCACCGAGAAUACGCACGCAUGUGUCCGCGUUUGGCGUCGCUUCCACCGGUUUCAUUUCGGAGUCAUGAUGUGAUGCCAUAGCUCUGGUGCAUCGUAACCAACGUGGAUCCACCGAACUCCAGGAGGUUCCGUCACCAGUCAGAGCUCCGACAUGGAUUUUUUUGAUGACCCAAACCUCUUUGGUGGAGGUCUGGAAGGGGUGGAUGUCGACGGCUUCCCCUCAGGUCCGUCAUUUGUGGAUGAGCUCAAUCUUGGCACGGACUUUGAGCCCAUCCAAGUGGAGUCUCUCGCUCUGGGGAAAAAUCAAGACAUGAUGCUGCCGGUGUCUUCCACGUCCAACCAGCAAACUAUGACCUCUUACAGUCAGCAGAUGGGGCACUAUGUUGGAAUUAAGGCACAGAAUCCUGCCGGGCAGCCGUUUUCCAGUCCCGGGGCUUCAGGUGGUGUGACGGCAGAGCAACAGGGCCAGUACCACAAUGGCCCUGUCGGCCAAGUACCUCAAUCCAACGGGUUGUUCUUCAACAGUAGCAGCCCAAUGUGGGGGAAUCAGGACCAGAAUGGUAACAUGUAUCAUCCUUUAUCUCAGCAGCAGCAGCAACUGUACGGCCAGCAAAUACAUGUCGGACAGCAACGAACGCAUCAUCCGCAGCAGCACCGAAUGCGUCAGCAGCAACAGCAGCAAAGGCAAACUUACCCGCAACAGCUGUUCAAUCAGAGCCAACAUCAACAAAUGAACAUGCAGGGCAUGCCUUUGGCGCAACGGCAGCAUCACGGCUUCCCCUUUCACCAAGGGAGCCAGCCUCGGAGCCAGCAACAGGUUGCACAGAGUCCGCAGCAGGCCCAGCACCAGCUAACUGCGGUGGGAGCAAGGUUUCAUUCGGCGGUUGUGCCAAGUCAAAAUGACCCCCUGCAGGGAUCUUGCUUGCAGCAGCAACCGAAGCGCAGCUUCUCUUGCAGAUUAGGAAUGGCCGAAAAUAACCCACCCAUGGAUUCGUCAUCUUUGGUUCACUCACUGCCCACGUACUCUGUGAGUUCUGUCACCACUUACCAACCAGCCGAAUACCCUUCCUACCCUGGAGAGCCAGAAAUGGACUGUCUGAGUCGGCCGUCUUUGUCCUCGGUGUCGGCGGCGGCUCGGCCCGCUGCUACCGCCACUCCCCUUGCGGGAGCGCUACCCGAACUCCCUGGAGCAGCAUGUCAGUUUCCAUCCGCAUCACUUAUGGGUCAGCAGCAUGCUCAGACCUCCGUUAACCAGGCAGAGGAAUGUCAUUUUCGGGCUUUACGCUGUCGCGGUGAAACGCAGGGUAACAACAAGUUGUCCGAGAUGUUCGGAGAAUCGAUGAGCUGCUACCCGAGUGUGGCCCACCAGUUGCCCUCUGAGCAUCCGCAGCGCUGCGGGGCCAUCAACACGAAUGGAUACCCAUCACUAGGGGACAGUCUCCUGGCAUCGGAGGCUCAGGAUGGAGAUUUGGCGGGGUUGGAGCCCCCCGACCUCUUGCCUGACUUUCUUCCCCAGCUCGAGGCCGCCCUCAGCCAACCUGAUCAAUCUAAUGGUUCCUGGGCGGAUUCCAACCAGGCUUGGGGGCACGAGCACAGGACACAAACACCUGCUGGACAAAAGGAAGAUGAGCCUCGAAAGAACACCAAUGGUCCCGCGAGCCACGUCCGGGCCCUCAGUCCCGUGAUGAAGAGCAGCUCGUCGUCCUCCUCAUCCUCUUCUUCGUCGUCGUCGUCCUCAUCAUCGUCGUCCUCAUCCUCGUCUAGCUCCCCUUCGGAAAAGAGGACGCCGCGGCGGACACACAACCAGCUGGAUGUGACGCCUUUGGACAAGCAGGAAAAGGCCAAUCGGAUCAUAUCGGAGGCCAUAGCUAAAGCCCGCCAGCGCGGGGAGAAGAACAUCCCGAGGAUCAUGAGCCCCCAGAGCUUCCCUGGGUCGUCGUCUCAGCACAAGAGCCAUCAGGAGCAUAAAGGAAAUGGCAAAGCGCGGUCCAAAUUUAAAGCCUCAAGGAAGGCCUGCAUUGUCCCUUCUUCCACAUCCAAGCAGAAGCCCAAGAUCGGGAAAAUUGUCAUCAAGAUUGGGAAGAAGAAGAAGCGAAAGCCCGACUCUUCCGAGGAGUCAGACGAGGACCCUCCGCCUCGUCACACUUCAAGAGACUCGAAGAGACGCUCUAAUCGUCAGGUGAAGAGGAAGAAGUACGCCGAGGAACUGGAGGCCAGGCUGUCAGACGAGGAUGGCAAGGUGAUCGUCAAAGCCAAGAAGGCCAACACUGUGGCGUCCAAGCAGCCUGCGGUGCAGCUCUUUGUGGAAAACCCCAGUGAAGAAGACGCCGCUGUCGUUGACAAAAUCAUGUCCUCUCGCGUCGUCAAGAAAGAGGUUUCUCCGGGUGUGCUGGUUGAAGUGGAAGAAUUUUUUGUCAAGUACAAAAACUACUCCUACCUCCAUUGCGAGUGGGCCACGGAGGGCCAACUGGAAAAGGACAAGAGGAUCCAGCAGAAGAUCAAACGCUUCAAGAUGAAACAGGCGCAGCGGGCACUUUUCUUCGCCGACAUGGAAGAAGAGCUCUACAACCCGGACUAUGUCGAGGUGGACCGUGUGCUCGAAGUGUCUUAUUGCGAGGACAAGGACACAGCAGAGGAAGUGAUAUACUACCUGGUGAAGUGGUGCUCGCUGCCGUACGAGGACAGCACCUGGGAGCUGAAGGAUGAUGUGGAUCAGAGCAAAAUAGAAGAGUUCGAGCAACUGCAGGCAGCUAAGCCGGACUCGCGCAGAGUGGAGCGGCCCCCAGCCAACCUGUGGAAGAAGAGGGAGCAAUCACGCCAAUACAGGAACGGCAACAGCCUCAGGGAUUACCAGCUGGAGGGGGUCAACUGGCUGCUCUUCAACUGGUACAACAGGCGUAACUGCAUUCUGGCCGACGAGAUGGGCCUGGGUAAGACUAUCCAGUCCAUCACCUUCCUGGAGGAGAUCUACCGCGUGGGCAUCAAGGCGCCUUUCCUCAUCAUCGCCCCGCUGUCCACCAUCGCCAACUGGGAGCGCGAGUUCCGCACGUGGACACACAUGAAUGUCAUUGUGUACCAUGGCAGUGUUGUCAGCAGGCAAAUGCUACAACAGUACGAGAUGUACUUCAGGGACUCGCAGGGCCGUGUGUUGCGCGGCGCCUACAAGUUCCAGGCGGUCAUCACCACGUUCGAGAUGAUCCUGGGGGGCUGCCCCGAGCUCAAUGCCAUCGAGUGGCGCUGUGUCAUCAUUGACGAGGCGCAUCGCCUCAAGAACAAGAACUGCAAGCUGCUAGAAGGCUUCAAGCUCAUGAGCCUGGAGCACAAGGUCCUGCUGACGGGCACUCCUCUCCAAAACACAGUGGAGGAACUGUUCAGCCUGCUGCAUUUCCUGGAGCCGGCACGUUUCCCGUCGGAGAACACCUUCAUGCAGGAAUUUGGAGACCUCAAGACUGAAGAACAGGUGCAGAAGUUGCAGGGCAUCCUUAAGCCAAUGAUGCUGCGGCGUUUGAAGGAGGAUGUGGAGAAGAAGCUGGCGCCCAAAGAGGAGACCAUUAUCGAGGUGGAGCUCACCAACAUUCAGAAGAAGUACUAUCGCGCCAUCCUGGAGAAGAAUUUCUCCUUCCUGGCCAAGGGAGCAGGCCAGGCCAACAUGCCCAACCUGGUCAACACUAUGAUGGAAUUGAGGAAGUGCUGCAACCACCCCUACCUCAUCAAAGGGGCAGAAGAGAAGAUCCUGGAAGACUUUAGGGAGGUCUAUAGCCCAGCUGCCCUGGACUUCCACCUGCAAGCCAUGGUGCAGUCUGCCGGGAAGCUGGUUCUCAUCGACAAACUGCUGCCCAAGAUGAAAGCCGGCGGGCACAAGGUGCUCAUCUUCUCCCAAAUGGUGCGCUGCCUGGACAUCUUGGAAGACUACCUCAUUCAGAGAAGGUACUUGUACGAGCGGAUAGACGGUCGGGUUCGUGGGAACCUGCGACAGGCAGCCAUCGACCGCUUCAGCAAGCCCGACUCAGACCGCUUCGUUUUUUUGUUGUGCACACGAGCCGGCGGGCUGGGGAUCAACCUGACAGCAGCGGAUACCUGCAUCAUCUUCGACUCGGACUGGAACCCACAGAACGACCUCCAGGCACAGGCUCGCUGCCAUCGGAUUGGUCAGAACAAGGCGGUGAAGGUGUACCGCCUGAUUACCAGGAACUCAUACGAAAGAGAGAUGUUUGACCGCGCCAGUCUCAAACUGGGUUUGGACAAAGCGGUAUUGCAGAGCAUGAGCGGCCGCGACAACAGCCUGGGAGGAGGCGGCGCUGGUGGAGCAGGAGGUACUGGGGGAGGGGCGGUCCAGCAACAGUUAUCCAAAAAGGAGAUUGAAGAUCUGCUGCGACGCGGAGCCUACGGCGCCAUCAUGGACGAAGAGGACGAGGGGGCUAAGUUUUGCGAGGAGGACAUCGACCAGAUCCUCCAACGGCGAACCAAGACCAUCACUAUCGAGUCUGAGGGUCGAGGGUCCACCUUUGCCAAGGCCAGUUUUGUAGCAUCCGGGAACCGCACAGACAUCUCGCUGGAUGACCCCAACUUCUGGGACAAGUGGGCAAAAAAGGCAGACAUCGAUAUGGAAAUGGCCAAUGGCAGAAACAGCCUGGUUAUCGACACGCCUCGCGUCAGGAAGCAGACGAGGCCCUUCAGCUCCACGAAGGAUGAGCUGGCAGAGCUGUCGGAGGGCGACAGUGACAGUGACGACACCAAGCCCAAAGUCAGGCGAGCCCAUGAGCGGCCCAACAGUUACGGACGCACAGAAUGCUUCAGAGUGGAAAAGAACCUGCUGGUAUAUGGGUGGGGCCGCUGGAAGGACAUCCUCAACCACGGUCGUUUUAAGAAGCAGCUGACCGACUGGGACGUAGAGUCCAUCUGUAGGGCACUGCUGGCCUACUGCCUGGUACACUAUCGUGGCGACGACAAAAUCAAAGGGUUCAUGUGGGACCUGAUUGCACCCACAGAAGAUGGCCGCACGAAGGAGCUGCAGAAUCACUUGGGUCUGUCUGCGCCUGUUCCCCGGGGCCGCAAGGGCAAGAAGAUGAAGACCCAAUCCAGCUCGUUCGACAUCCACAAGGCCGAGUGGUUGCGGAAGCACAAUCCGGAGCAUAUGCUCCAGGACGACGGCUACAAGAAACACCUCAAGCACCAUUGCAACAAGGUGCUGCUCCGGGUUAGAAUGCUGUACUACCUGAAACAAGAGGUAAUCGGCGACGAGGCCCAGAACGUUCUGAACAACGUGGACGCUAGUGAGAUCAAGAUCUGGGUACCGGAGCCGGACCACUCGGAACUUCCGGCCUUGUGGUGGGAUAUCAUCUCUGACAAGUGUCUGCUGUUGGGGGUCUACAAGCAUGGUUACGAGAAGUACAACACCAUCCGAGCAGACCCUGCACUGUGCUUCCUAGAGCGUGUUGGCCGACCAGACGACAAGGCCAUCGCUGCCGAACAGAGAAGCAAUGAUUUCAUGGACGGGGAUGUGGAUGAUCCAGAGUACAAGCCUGCUCCAGCCCUGCUGAAGGACGACAUGGAGGAUGACGCCUCCUCUCCGGGGGACUUGGUUGUCACUGACAGUGCCGGAGACCCUGUUUCGGGAGUAGCCAGCGCCUACUGGCCCUCGUCUUCCGUGCUCACUGCCCGUCUGAGGCGACUGAUCACGGCCUCGCAGCGUUACACCAAGAGCCGACAGAUCCUGCAUAUCCACCAAGUGCAGUCGCAAUCGCAGUCGCAGUCGCAGUUGCAGAUGCCCAUCAUGAUGUCUGCGCCACUCGUCCAACCGCAACCGGCGGCGGCGCUACUGCUGCCGCCAGCAGUUCUCACUGACCCGUUUAACCCCAAGAUGGCCGCCAAGAUUGAACGUCAACAACGAUGGACCAGGCGGGAAGAAGCCGACUUCUACCGAGUGGUCUCCACAUUUGGCGUGGUCUUCAACCCCACGCUGCGGUGCUUCGACUGGACAAAAUUUCGGGCGAUGGCACGGCUGCACAAGAAGACGGACGAAAGCCUGCAGAAGUACCUGUGCGCCUUCGCCGCCAUGUGCAGACAGGUUUGCCGCCUGCCACCCAAAGAAGGAGACUCUGCGGUGGACCCAUCCCUCAAUAUCCAGCCCAUCACGGAAGAACGGGCGUCACGCACUUUGUAUCGGGUGGAACUGUUGCGCCAGGUGAGGGAGCAGGUCCUUCGCCACCCGUUGCUCUACGAGCGCCUACCGCUGUGCCAGAUGAGCUCUGACUUACCCGCAUGGUGGGAGAUCGGCACCCAUGACCGGGACCUGCUCAUUGGCGCCGCCAAGCAUGGCGUCAGCCGCACGGAUUAUCACAUACUCCGGGACCCCGAUUUGGGGUUUAUGGCGGCCCAGCGCAGCUACAGCCAGACGAAGGCCAUUCCGCAGCACUCGCUAGGAUUCACGCCGCUCCUGCAACCUCAGUACCAGGCAUCGGUCUCUGCUUCGGCAGUUCCACCCCCUGCCCCCAGGGACUUGGAGUCCGGCGGGGUCAUCCCGAAAGCAGAGCCCCCCUCGGUCGGUGAGGAAACCAAGGAGAAAGCAAAGGACAACUGGAGUCCCAUCCGAGCGCAGGAGACCCCCACAGGAGUCGUGGAGGACAAACCCGAGAGCGAGGGACAGAUGGUGGCAGCAAGGACAAAGCCCCUCACGCCCAACUCAUCCGAGAGGAAGCCCAAGAAGGCCAGCAAGAGGGGCCGCAGGGAGAGGCGGACAUCAGGGACUGACUCGGGCGGCUCGUCGUCCAGCUCUUCGUCGCGCUCGUCCUCAUCUUCCUCCUCAUCCUCUUCUUCCUCGUCCCACUCCGGGUCCAGCUCGUCAUCGUCUUCGUCGUCCUGUUCCUCUGGCUCUUCCUCGUCGUCCUCCUCCUCCUCUUCUUCGGAUGACAGUGACAGUGAAGGAGAGAAUGGGAAGAAAAAAGUGCCUGCAGCUCCAAUCGUGAAGGGUUUCGACGAAGACAGCGUGGCAUCACUAGGCACCGCGCACCACGAUGCGCAAGACACCCACGCGGCGCAGAACGGUGUCACCAACAGCGUGCCACAUCCUUUCCAGGCAGGGGGCUACAUGCUCGCCGCCUCCCACUGGCCGAAGGACCGGGUCAUCAUCAAUCGUCUGGACAGCAUAUGCCAGGCGGUGUUGAAGGGCAAAUGGCCGGGCACGCGGCGCGUCUAUGAGCCCGGAGGCCCCGUGGCAUCCUUCUACACCACCAAGCUCUUGGACGGCAGCCUGUGCGAGGACCCCUCAGCUUCGCCACAGGGGUCUAAGGUGACCGAGCAUGUUGCAGAAAGCAAGGAGUUCUCAGUCAAGCUGAACGAUCAGGAGGGAGGUCUGAAGUUGACCUUCCAGAAACAGGGGCUACCUCUGAAGAGAGCCCUGGACUCGGAGGAGGUACCCCAAGCCCAGCAGCAGCAAUAUCUGGCUCGGCUCCACGACCUGCAGAGUGCCUCCGACACGGGCCUGGCCGACAUCACCAAGCCGCAAUGCAGCUUCCAGAACGUACCUUCAGGUCUUGCUGGCACGAUGAGACUGAAUGGUGUUCUGGAUAGCCAGCCAGUGGUGAAGAGGCGACGGGGGAGGAGGAAGAAUGUUGAGGGCAUGGAUCUGCUCUUCAUGAACAGGACUCAAAUCCCCGAUCAGGGUGCUCCCGGGUGGGGCGGCAUCGGCCAAGUGGGUAUGCCUCCAGUGCCGGGGUACAACCACCAGACCUCUGGGCCGGGCCCGGAGGACAUGGACAGCAGGAUUCCGGUCAUCAACCUCAAAGACGGCACCCGGUUGGCCGGAGACGACGCUCCCAGGAGGAAAGAUCUGGACCAGUGGCUGAAGGAGCACCCGGGCUUUGUGGCCGACACGGGCGCCUUCAUCCCCGGCGUGAACAAGAUGCCCCUGCAGUUCCACGUGCAGGACGGGCGACCCAAGCAGAAGAGGCACCGCUGCAGGAACCCCAACAAGAUCGAUGUCAACAGCCUAACGGGCGAGGAGCGAGUGCAGAUCAUCAACAGGAGGAACGCCCGGAAGGUCGGUGGAGCUUUUGCACCUCCUCUCAAGGAUCUGUGCCGCUUCCUUCAGGAGAACCCGGAGUACGGCGUCCCACCUGAAUGGGCCGACGUCGUCAAACAGUCGGGUUACCUCCCAGCGAGUAUGUUUGACAGGAUCCUGACUGGUCCCAUCGUUCCUGAGGAAGUGAGCCGGCGAGGGCGGCGUCCGAAGAAUCCUCUGGUUAAAGCGGCGACGGCGGCAAUGAUGCCUAACUCUGCGGCGGCGGCGGCGGCGUCCUCCUCCCUGGGCCUCAACCCCCUGCUGGCCAACGGGCUCCUGGCGGGCAUGGACCUAAGCAGCCUCCAGGCCUUCCAGCAGAACUUGCAGCUGACCGCGGGCCUCAUGGGUCUGCCCCCCUCGGACGCCGGAAACCUGGCGGCGAGCAACCUGGCCGCCAUGUUUCCCAUGAUGCUCUCGGGCAUGGCGGGGCUGCCCAACCUGCUUGGCGUGAGCGGCUUGCUCGGGAAGAAUGAGGAAGGAGGCGCGGGCGGCGGAGGGUCCGAGGACAAGGAGAUGGGACUCGGCAGCGGUGGCGCGACAGGAGAGCCGUGCGCCCUCAGCGGGGAGCGGACAAAAGGCGCCGACGCUGCCACUUCCUCCCAAAGUGCCUCGUCCACCUCCAGCCCUCUUCCUCUCAACCCUUUGUUGCUGUCCAGCAUACUUUACCCAGGGAUGCUUCUCACUCCAGGCCUUAACCUCCCCGUGCACAAUGCGCAGCCUGACCACACGCCACUUCCUCCUCCUACUCCUCCCCCUCCUUCUUCUCCUCAAGCGCCCGCCGUCAAAGCGGAAACUUUGGAAGAUGACGAUGAUGACGACGACGACGACGACGAAGAGUCGGGAGAGCACAAAGACAACAGCGGGAAAGCAGAGUCAUCUUCAUCUGACUCCGGGUCCUCUUCUUCUUCCUCAGAAGACUCCGAUUCCAGCAAGGACUGAUGGAAUAUUCAUUUAUUUAUGUACGGCCUUCAUACAAUUGUAUUCAUAUAUUCACAUUUACGUGGAUCCCCCCCACCCACCACCCACCACCAUCAACCGCCACCUUUCACCCUCCUCCAGCACUUACGAUUUCUUUACAUGUAAAUAACUAACCAAAUUGUUGUGUAAUAAAACCAAUAUGUCAACAAACAAAAAUCUAAACAAACAAACAAAAAAAAAGAAUUGAAAUCAAUGUUUAUGGAGAAGGUAGCGUCUUGUUUCCUGACAUUUUGCAUGUCGGACUUGUGUAGAAGCGUCACCUUGUACUGUUUAAAAAGAAAAAGGCGAAGAAAAGAAAAGGCAUUAUUAUAAUUAUUAUGAAGUCAGGAUUUAAUUUUAUUAUGAAAAAAAAUGCAUCGAGCUGUACUAUUAAUAUAUUUUGAAUGGCGACGAUAUGAUGUAAAUAAGGCACGCUUGCUUUGCAGAUCAUGCGGAUGUGAGCAAUAACUCGGGCAGCUAACGAAUGUCACUCAAGCUGUAGAAUCCGUCACGUUAAAAAAAAAGGCUUUUCACCUUGGUCCUGUCAUUCAUUCAUUUGCCACUGUAUUUUAUUAUUAUUAUUUAAUUUUUUUGCAACCGUACAGUGGGCUCGUGUUUUCGUACUCUGCCUUCCAUUUGAGUGGUCCCAAGGGGUCCUUUCUGUGCGGAGUUUGCAUGUUCUCCUCGUGCUUGCGUCUCUGGUUUCUCCAGCUUCCUCCUGCAUCCCAAAAACGUGAAUUUUAGGUACAUUGAAGACUCAAAAUUGUCCAUCGCUGUGAAUAUGAAUGCGAAUGCUUGUCCAGUUGCACCUUGUGACUGACUGUGCACCAAGCACAGGGAAAUUGUACCCGGCCCAUCGCACAAACACUUCUGAAAGCCUUCUUGCGCAUCUGCUCUGCCAAAAUCCAAUCUUCUUCAUAAGCUUCCAAGAGCUUCCUGAUCGGUAGCACCUCUUCUUCCUGUUUCCAAGCCCCCAUCAGCCACUUUCCGACGGCACAAGCACAAAAUAAAAUGGUUUGGAUUAUUGUCAGACACGGCAGUGCCACAUCCGCUAGCAUGCUGGCUAGCUCGGGCAAGGGCUCGAACAAUCUUGCUACUCACGCUAAUUUUUUCCAUUUUAUUUUGGGGUAGGGGGGUCGUUCUUUUUUCGUUGUUGUUUUUGAGCUUCAGCUUAGACUUAGAAGUGCCCUUAUCUUGUACCUCUGCUUUCCGGUCCUCUUAUUGUUUUUUUUGGGGUUUUUUCCAGUUUGUUUUUGUGGGUGGGUUGGGGGGGGGGGCGCCAACACUGGAAUUUCAAGAAAGCUGAAGUACCUUUGCCGACCUCUUAUGGACUGUUAGUUCAUCAACACUCUUGAUUGUGGCUGUCUCUCCGUUCUCCCAUGGUCAGUGAACGCACCCAGACUGAAAAGCUUGCCGUGAUUGACACACAAUACGCUUUUUUUCUUUUUCUAUUGUAGUGCUCUUAUACAUAUGUGACUAUUAUGGUACAAUCUGACACGCACACACUACUGCUGUACAGGAAGGUAUCAUCCAUGUCAUCACUGAGACGAGAUUUUUUUUCCGCAAGCUUUGAGCUUUGACGGUAUCCAGGUGUCACCAUGGUCAGUUUUUGUCUUCUUUUUCGAGAGUAAUAUUUUGCGCUCUCUUUCGCGCUUUGUGUAGUCAAACUAAUUUCAUGUAGUCGAGAGGAGGAGAAAAAGGCGGGGAGGAGGGGGGAUGUGUCUUAAAAACACACAAAAAAUAAACAAGAGUCAUUUGUAAUUUAUUGGAUUACUUUCUAUGAAGUUCUAUAGAGGAAACUGAGGUUUAAUUAUUUUUAUUAAACAUAUUCUUCUGACUAUC